UCUGAUUGGCUGAAAUGUUAAGUCUGGUCUUCGCGCUUGUUUGUUUCUUAUCUUCUUAACUUAAUUUUCAGUUUUUCCCCCCAACUCUAUUUUUUCUUUUGAAUUCUUCUGUUUUUCUUCUCAAAACCCAUCAACAAGUUGAUACAUACACACAAGGUCUUCCUCUGUGUGUAUCGGUUCGUCUUCGUUCCCGUUUUUAACUCCAGAAAAAACUCUUUUCCACCCCUCACCGUCGGGGUUUGAUAUCUCUUGGUGGAAUAACACUACCUGCUGUAUGACCAGUAUCCCGAGCCUUUCUUUAGAUCUGAAGCCUGCCAGCGACGAUGUUGGUGGUGGUUCUGGCGCUCAAGACAGUAUAAUUCAUAUUCGGAUUCAACAGAGAAACGGGCGAAAAACCCUAACUACUGUGCAAGGAAUCUCGACGCAAUUUGACUUAAAAAAGAUAGUCAAGGCCUGCAAGAAAGAAUUCGCCUGUAAUGGUACUGUAGUGGACCAUCCUGAGUACGGGGAAGUUAUACAGUUGCAAGGAGAUCAGAGAAUCAACAUAAAGGAUUUUCUGAAGAAUCACAACAUUGCCAAAGAUGACCAGUUGAAGGUACAUGGUUUCUAAGUACCUCUGCUGAUCCAGCGCCUAUUGCUACUAUGUACUUGGACCUUCAAAACAGGUAGCAAUGUAUUUAUUGGCCGUUGAUGUAUUUGUCCAUCCUAAUUUUUUCUUUUAAAUUAGAUCUUCACUGAAUUCGGCUGAAUCACUGGCCAUGAUACCUAUGUAAAUUUAUCCCAUUAUUUGGGAAUGGCUGUCUUUUAGUGCUUUAUUACUUUUUUUGUAUGCAAUUAAUAAAACUUUUUUUUAAAUGCC